AUGUCACGCUGGGAUCCAACGACAUGGAGGUUCGACAUUGACCGUCUCCUCAACCGCUUCGUCCCGCCGCCGCCCUGGCAGCACAUCCCCUACCCGGUCGCCUACUUCUUCGGCCACCGCAAGCAAAAGCCUCGUGAUAUUGGCAAUGUCGUGCCCAUAUUCUGGGCUUUUAUCGGUGUCUUUUGCGCCGUCAGUGUCAUCGAGGUCGUCUCGGAGCGCAUCCCCGAGUUUAAGCAUCGAGGAGCACCCGUCAUCGUGGGCAGUUUUGGUGCCGGUGCCGUGUUGGAGUUCUACGCCAUAGAAUCGCCCCUCGCGCAGCCGCGUAACUUCUUCAUUGGCCAGAUCCUAGCGGCGGUAUUGGGCAUGGGCAUCUGCAAGCUCUUCCAGCUAAGCGCGUACUUCGCCUCGAUCCGCUGGGUCGGCGGCGCCGUGUCAUGCGCCACGGUGACGGCCGUCAUGGCCUUGACCAAGACGGUGCACCCGCCGGCCGGGGCCACGGCGCUGCUGGCCGUGGUGGACGACCAGAUCCUCCGCCUGGGCUGGUUCUUCGUGCCCGUCGUCAUGCUCAACUGCGGCAUCAUGUUCGCCGUCGCCCUGCUCAUCAACAACAUCCAGCGCACGUUCCCUUCGUAUUGGUGGACCCCCGAGGAUCUACGGCGGCAGCGGCAGCCCGAGGCCGGCGCCAUGUCUGACGAGGAGAGCAAGGGGGGUGUUGUCGAGGAGAUGAGGACGGAAGAUGGCAGCGAGCAGGAGCACGAGGACUCCGAGGUCAUUAUCCGUCCGGGGCGGCUCGUGUUACCCAGGCAUAUCUAUUUGACCCCUGAGGAGGUUCAAUUGCUGGAGGAGAUAGGCAAUAGGCUAUAG